AUGUUCACGACACUGGGCCUAUUCACAGGGGUGGCUUGUCCCCAAGGAGAGCAUUGCUCUCUUCUGACUUGCAUGUUCUCGCACACUCGCAAUGCCCCUAGUAUGAGCAAACCCAUUUCUGGCACCGCGACAACAACAGAAAUCGUACACACACAUACUCGGAAGAAGCUCAAAACUCAAGAGAGCAUCCCCUCGACGAUAUCAUCGAGCUUUUCUGACAAUAUACAAGGUCUCAAGGAAGAAACAAACGCCUCGGCCUUGAUAUCGUCACCAAGCCAGCAAAUACCCCGGCGUACCUCUCAUCAAAGUGGCACCCAAAAAUCUGCUACUCCCCAAGCGGCAUCUACUUCGCCAUCACGCUCAACCCCUAUCCCUAAAAAGGGAGAAGCGUUAAGUAUUCCCGUCACUCCUCGACCCACAUCAUCCCAGCUUCCCCCUCGCAAGGUGCGAAAGGAAAGCCUCAAUCCUCGCAUGAUGACGAAAGCUCCCGCUCCUCAUGCAACUCGGACUGCAAUUCUUACCAAACUACAUUCCGUCAUGGUCUCGAAGAAUGAGAAGUUAGCCAAGAGCAAUGAUAGCUCAAACAAGUGCUUCGUCUUGACGGGCGAUGAAUUAGUCACGAUGGCAUUAGAUGCUGAGGAAGAAGUCGCAAAAGGCUCCCCAGGUGUCUACUCGAAUGUUAUUAAGCUUCGGAUCGUGAAAUUGACGAAGAUGGGAUCUGAGGAAUGGGCCAAGGAGGUCAUGGAACAUCUCAAUACAAGGUAUUACAAAGUACCUAUAGUCGCCGCAGCCCCGGAGACUCCCAAACGGAUCGAGACUGGUCUCACCACCAAGCAAGAGAUCGCCCUGGUUCAGAGACUGAUCACUCCCUUGAAUGGGCUGGAAGAGUUUGGCUAUGUCACUAAAGCGCCUUCCGCGACGGAUAUUGAGACGGCCAAACAGGGCGUCAUCGAUUCAAAGGGCUGGGAGAAGUGUGAGCGCUGUGCAAGUCGCUUCCAGGUUUUCCCCGGUCGUCGUGAGGAUGGCGCAUUGACGACGGGUGGUCAAUGUACCUAUCAUCCCAAUCGACCACUCAUUCCGCCUCGCAAGAAGACAGACAAUCAUACGGGUUCUUCAGAUCCCUAUUUCCCUUGUUGCGGUGAAUCUAUAGGGGCAUCAGUUGGAUGCACUAAAGGUACACACCACGUGUUUAAAAUCUCGGAGUCCAAACGUCUUGCCUCUAUUCUUCAGUUUGAGAUGACCCCUCGACAAUCGGACAAAGGCGUCCUGGAGCCAGUAUGCUUCGACUGCGAGAUGGGCUACACGACACAGGGUCUAGAAUUGAUUCGUCUCACUGCUGUCAGCUGGCCUGAAGGCCGUGAGCUUCUCGAUAUUCUCGUCAAGCCUAUUGGCGAGGUUUUGGAUCUCAACUCGCGAUUCUCGGGUGUAUACCCCGAGCACUUUGUCAACGCUGUACCUUACGGCACCUCCGAUUCCACCUCGAACUCUGCUCCCGAAUCUGAUCAAGGAGAACAUCAGAAGAAGCCGAUGCAGGUCGUUGAGUCGCCCGCUGCAGCACGGGAACUACUCUUCCAAUUCCUUCAACCCGAAACCCCCUUGAUCGGCCACGCCAUCGACAAUGACCUCAAUGUCUGCCGAAUCAUUCAUCCCACAAUAAUUGACACGGUCAUCUUGUAUCCAGCGCCAAGGGGCGGUUUACCCAAUCGCAUGAGUCUCAAGACCCUGGCUCGCAAAGUCCUCUCUCGCGAAAUUCAGACCAGUAGCGCCAAGGGCCAUGAUUCUAAAGAGGACGCUAUCGCGACAGGCGACCUGGUUCGUGCUCAGGUCCGCGACUUGUGGAAGAAUUACAAACAACAUGGUUGGCGUUUUGAAGGGGAUGAGAUGGUCUCGCCACCCAAUCAGGAGAAUUACUACGUCAAUAGGAAGGGGCAAUACGUGCCCAGCGAGGGGCCGCACAGUCAUGGUAACCCCGGGGAACAGCAAAUUGAAUCUGGGGGCGCUGGGCAGAAGAGGAAGCAACCAACUCCAAAUGAUAGCGCUUCAUAG